AUGUCCAUUUCCGACGAGAAACUCAAAGAGCCGCAGGAUGUCACUGUCAUCCAGGAGGUUGGUGGGCAGGAGGAGACACCCGAUAUGCUGCCCCAGAAUCAUCUCCAACGGACUCUGAAACCUCGACACAUCCAAAUGAUAGCUAUCGGCGGAGUCAUUGGCACCGGUCUUUUUCUUGGUACUGCAAGUAAUCUCCAGAGUGGUGGCCCCGCAGGACUCCUUAUCGCAUACUGCUUGAUGUCGAGCAUCCUGUUUGCGGUCAUGAUUUCUCUGGGCGAAAUGGUGUCACAUCUGCCUCUUCCAGGCGGGCAUGUCACUCUAGCUGGUCGCUUCGUUUCUAGGGAGAUGGGAUUCGCUUUGGGUUGGCUAUGGUGGUUAGACUACAUUGUCGUACUGCCAGCCGAAGUCUCUGCCUGUGCCGUUCUCAUAUCCUACUGGACACCAAAAGGCACUGGUGACGGCACUUGCACCACCGGUAUCUGCAACAACGCCAUGUGGGUCGGCCUCGUCUUGAUUGUGGUCUGGGCUGUCAACUUCGGGGGAACGAAAUACUACGGAGAGUGCGAAUUCUGGUUCGCGUCUAUCAAAGUCAUCACCAUCAUAGGCCUCAUCAUCACAGGCAUCGUCAUCACCAGCGGUGGUGGACCAAACCACGAAACUAUCGGCUUCAGAUUCUGGAACGAAACUGGCGGCUUCAUGCAAUAUGACGGUAUCGCUGGUGCUAAAGGCCGCUUCCUUGGUUUCUUUUCGACUAUGAUUUCAGCUGCUUUUGCUUUCAUCGGGUCAGAGGCUACCGCCAUUGCUGCUGCAGAGACGUCAGAUCCUCGACGAGCUGUCCCUCGAGCUAUCAAGUCAGUCUGGAUCCGGUUGGUUCUGUUCUACAUCACGAGCGCCUUUAUCAUAGGUCUUCUUGUCUCCCCUUCGGACCCCUCCUUGAGCCUCGGCAGUACCGCUGCCAGAUCUCCCUUCGUCAUUGCCAUGACGAACGCUGGCAUCAAGGUACUCCCUUCCAUCAUCAACGCCGCCCUUCUCACUUCGGCAUGGUCUGCUGCUGUCGCAGACCUCUACAUCUCUUCCCGUUCUCUCUACGCCAUCACACUCAGAGGUGAUUCACCGAGAUGGUUUGGCCCGGCUUUGCUCAAGACGAGGAAAGACGGUCUGCCUUGGGUUUGUGUGUGUGUCUGCGCGGCGUUCAGCUUGUUGUCGUUCAUGGCCGCGGACUCUGGUAGUUCGGCAGGUACCGUCUUUGGAUAUUUCAGUGAUAUGACAGCCUACUGCGGAGUAAUCUCGUGGUCGUGUGUGUUGUUCACAGGUCUCCGAUGGAGCAAAGGCCUCAAGCUCGGCUCGAUCGACCGAAACAGUCUUCCCUACAAGGCGCCCUUGCAGCCAUACCUCAGCUAUUACGCUCUGGCUAUCUGUCUCAUCGUAAUCGUGUUUGGUGGAUUUACAAACUUCAUGGAGGGGUUCAACACUUCCGGAUUCAUCACUACUUACUUUCCCGUCCCAUUCUUCUUUGUACUCAUGUUCGGAUACAAAUUGAUCCACAAGACCAAGAUGGUCAGAUACGAAGACAUGGACUUUUACUCGGGUUGUUCUGAGGACGUCCCAGUCGAUGAAGAGGCGACGGGUUCCGGAAUCUGGGAAAAGAUCAAGUGGAGUAUCUAA